GAUUUCAGCAGUUUUGGCACACUCUACUCUUUGUUUCCCAUUCCGAGCUUUUUAACUUCGACUCUACUCUUCUUUCUGAACUACGUUCUCCCUUUUCUCACCCCAAUUCAAACUCAGACUCUUCUCCACCUGUAAUCAUGGCCGAUACGAGACCUCAUCAUCAUGUGUUGCUUUUCCCAUUCAUGUCGAAAGGCCACACCAUCCCAAUCCUUCACCUAGCUCACCUCCUCCUCCGCCGUCAACUCUCCGUCACCGUCGUCACCACUCCGUCGAAUCUCCCCUUCAUCGCUCAAUCUCUUCCCAACACCGCCGCAUCGAUCCUCCAAAUCCCGUUCCCUUCCCAAUUGGACGGAAUCCCAGCUGGGAUUGAGAGCACUGAUAAGCUCCCAUCGAUGUCCCUCUUCCCCCAAUUCGCCCUGGCCACAAAGCUAAUGCAGCCAGACUUCGAGCGCCUGGUUGACAAUCUCCCCCAGCCAGUUGACUUCAUGGUGUCGGAUUCCUUCCUAUGGUGGACUUUGGAGUCUGCGAACAAGUAUGGAUUCCCGAGGUUAGUGUUCAGUGGUAUGUGUAACUACGCCGUAUGUGUGUUCAGAGCUGUGAACCAGAGUGGGCUUCUUUUGGGGAAUGAAUCGGAUGAUGAAUUGAUCACUGUUCCUAGGUUUUCAUGGAUUAAGUUGACCAAAAAUGACUUCGAAAGGGAUGCUGGGGAUUCGGAGAUUGUAAUCAAGUCGAUAACGGCAUCCAAAGCCAGUUAUGGGUAUGUUAUCAACAGCUUCUAUGAGCUUGAACCGGUCUUUGUGGAUUCAUUUAAUAACGUCAUCUCCAAUGGACCUAAAGCUUGGUGUGCUGGACCACUCUGCCUAUCCAAGUCAACAACACCGGUUAAACCCGACAUUCGUCAGAAACCCAAUUGGAUUCAGUGGCUGGAUGAGAAGUAUGAGCAGAAAAGAUCAGUUCUUUUCGUUGCAUUUGGUUCACAAGCUAGGGUUUCAGCUGAGCAGCUGAAGGAGAUAUCAGUUGGGCUAGAGAAGUCCAAUGUGAGCUUCCUGUGGGUUACAAAGGAGAAAGAAUCAGAAUUGGGAGAUGGGUUUGAAGAGAGGAAUCGUGGUAGGGGGAUUGUGGUGAGAGAGUGGGUGGAUCAAAUGGAGAUACUGAACCAUCCUAGUGUGGGAGGGUUUCUAAGCCACUGCGGGUGGAAUUCGGUGCUGGAGAGUGUGUCAGCAGGAGUUCCCAUUCUGGCAUGGCCAAUGAUGGCCGAGCAGCAUCUGAAUGCGAGAAUGGUGGUGGAAGAGCUGAAAAUUGGAGUAAGGGUGGAGACAAGCAAUGGGUCGGUGAGGGGGUUUGUGCAAUGGGAAGGGUUGGAGAAGAAUGUGAGGGAUUUGAUGGAAGGGGGAAGAGGGGAAGAAGUGAAGAUGAAGGUCAAGGAGUUUAGCAGGAAGGCAAGGGAAGCUAUGGAGCUAGAGAGAGGAUCGUCCUGGCGCACACUAGACUUGCUCAUCAAAGAAAUAUGCAGCAAAGAGACAUAGGAUCCCUGCAAAGAAAAAAAAGGGUCAAGAGGAAAGAGUCAGAAAGACAGCCUAUGCGAUCUAUUGUCACCUUAUCUAGUUUCUGAUGCACAAACCGGAGGUAAAGACCAUGUUCUGCUUCAGAAGAACGAUGAUCAUGCUCUGUUUCUUCUUCAUCGUGACGACAGUUCUUUCAGAAAGUCCUGACGAAAGAAGCUGCAUCCUGAAUUUCCCAUUUCCAUCAUCGCCGAACUUUCAACUGACCUGCGGUCAUGGAAACUGGGGCGGAUUCCUCAACAACUGUUGCGGAUCGGCGUUUCCAGGGUACUUAUAUGCCCUUGGGAAGCGCGCAAACCAGACAGAUGGGUCUUCCCUAUUCCUGAACUCCAGCCAGCAGACCAGUUGCUUGUCUGAAUUGUCGCGUCACGAGUUGGAUUCAUUGAGCUGCGGGAUCGAGAAGCUGACAGCUGGCGGUGGAGGGUGCUCCGACUACUCGGUGGCGGAUGUGGAGGCGAAUCUGGGAUCGGAGCUAAGGAAUCUGGAACAGGGUUGUUGGUUUCGGGAAGGUGGUUCUUCUUCAUGUGGUUCUUGUGUGAGGAUUUGGCGGGGAAUUGGCGGCGGGAGUGGGAGUGAUGUGUGCCGUUUUGCGGUGCUUGUUUCUAUGACUAGCCGCCGGAUUGAUGAUGAAAUUGGUGUGGAGAAGGUUUAUAGUUGCCUGGAACAGCAACGGAAUGAGUAUUUCUCUGGAAAUGAUGGGUCAGCUUCAGGAGCAGGGGAAAGCAAGAGAAAAAGUAGAAAAGAUUUUUGGAUCCUUACUGGAGUUGUCACCGUAGUUAUGGCCUCCCUAAUCAUUGCGAUAAGCAUUUUUACAAUUCGAUUCAUUCUGUCAAGGAAACGGGGAACCAACACAAAUUUGAUCACCAGAAAAAGUGGUUUUCAGGAGAUGAAACUAGAUGAUUACCCGUGUCCGAAGUUCACAAUCAAGGAGAUCUAUAACGCUACCAGCAACCUGAGCAUAACCAAUCUCACCGGAGAAGGAGCUGCAGGAAAAGUUUACAAAGGCAUACUACCGAAUACCGGCCAGAAGGUAGCAAUCAAACACAUCAUCAAUGAUGGAAAUGCAGAAACCGUGGUGAGGGAAGUCACCAGCUUGUGUCAUGUCAGACAUCCUAAUCUGGUGGCCCUUCUUGGAUGCUGUGUUGGAGACUAUGAGUGUUUCCUCGUCUAUGAGUUCUGCCCCAACGGCAAUCUCUACCAGUGGAUCUUCGGGAAGGAAAAGUGCUUAUCUUGGACCAGAAGGCUCGAGAUUGCAAUCGAUAGUGCACGAGGUCUCUGGUUCCUCCACACAUUCUCUGAAGGGCGUAUUGUUCAUCGCGACAUCAAGCCUACGAACAUUCUUCUAGGUCCUCAUUUUGAAGCAAAGCUCUCGGACUUUGGACUGUCGAAGGUUAUGGAAGAUGGGGAUAUUCAAGUGAGCUCUGAAGUGAGAGGGACGUUUGGUUACGUCGAUCCUGAAUACCUGAACAACCGUCAGGUUGAUUCGUCUGGAGAUGUCUACAGCUUUGGAGUUGUGCUGUUGCAGAUCAUCUCGGGAAAGAAGGUCAUCAAUAUGAAUAUGAAAGAGCCACUUCCCCUGCAUAAAAUGGCAAAAGCUUUCACCAAAGGAGAAAGCAUGCUGGAGUUUGCAGACCCUAAGAUGACGGGAGACUACCCUUCUGAAGCUUUCAAGCUUGUAUUUGAGCUGGCAUUGUCAUGCACAGGUAUCAAGCAAGAUAGACCAAACAUGGAGAAAGUUUUAAUCAAAUUAGAACAGGCCCUUGCCUUAUCAACAAAGCGGCAGAAUCCCAUUCCUUCAACCUCACCAGAUCAGAUCUCAGUAUCAGAAAGAUUUGAACAGUCAGAUCUUGAUACAUGACAAAACAAACUCAGGUCAGCCAGGUGAAAGCUCCCAAUGCAGGUAUUCUUCAUUGUAAUGAGCAGAUAGAGAUUCUUGUUCAUAACAUCUAAUGUAAAAAAAAAUAUACUCAAAUUGAGGUAAGGUUUAAUAACAAUGCUGGAUUCUGCAGAGCAUCUACAACAAUCUCAGAUUUCAGUUA